ACGUAUACUUGUCCAUAUUACUAGGGCGGUUGAAGAUUAAUUUCUUGGUCUUGAUUCAAAAUCACCCCCCCUCUUCUUUGCGCCUCCUUUAGCCAAACCAAAAGCUUCGUCUAUCUCGACAAGUAGGGUUUCAGAACCUUGAAAAUGGGGAAACCACUUUUUGGCAGAAAACCAGCAGGACUAAAGAGACACAAAACACCCAAGAAGUUUGAUAUGAACGAGCAUACGAGAAAGAAUCGUCGUAUUGAAGACUCUCUGAAUUCAUCAGGGGACUCAUCUGAGGAACAAUCGACUUUAGUUUCCGAAGAAGAAGAGGAAGUAGUAGUUCAUAAAGAGCCGUCGAUGUAUGAUGAUUUGUUAAAGAAAUUGGGGUCGGGUUGUGAAUCCCUUGCCAAUGCUUAUAAGAGGAGACAAAGAGAAGAAGAAGGUAAAAGUGACACUGAAGAGGAUUCGGACAGUGGCUCAGAAUCUAUUAGUAUAUCAGAGAAAGAGGAUGAGAGUGAGGAAGGAACUGAUAGUGAAUCUCCUAGAAUUCCUGAUACAACAAGUGAUACACAAGAAUCUGGUUUAGGUGUUAUGGAGCAGAAUGAAGAUGCUGGAAGUGAUGAUGAUGAUGAGGCCUCUGACAUGGAUGAACAUGACUUGAGGGCCAAUGGUCAAAGUGCUACUAAGACAUCAGUGAGCACGAGUUCCUUCGACAAUCACUUGGGGUACAAAUUAGUAAAAGGGGAGGUUGACAAUCUAUCAAAAAGGAAGUGCAAAUAUAAAUGGGAAGUUCCAGCUGUUGACGUCUCAAAUUGCAAAUGGAUGGGUACAGAAGAGUGUUCUCUUAUGGAUGUUGUCGUGAAUUCAGGUUAUGGUCUCAAACCAAAGUUAUACAAGCAUUGGUUGGAUACGUACAUGGCUUCUGGAGGCAAAGAUUUUCAUUCAUCUAAGCAAAGAUUGUUCUUCUCCCUUUGCAACAGUUACUGGGAUAUACUGCAUCCCAACAAGAAGCCCUUCUAUCUCAAAGGCGCUGAAGAAGAUUCAAGUAUCAUGGAUGCCUAUAUAAUGCAUUCUCUGAAUCAUAUCUUCAGAACUAGAGAUCUUGUGACAAAAAAUGAUUCAAAAGUGGCCAAACAUCAAGAGAGCACUAAGGAGGAUAUACUCAAUGAUGAUGGUUUUCUUGACCAUGGGUUUACUCGUCCUAAGGUUUUGUUUUUAUUGCCACUUGCGAGCAUCGCGCUUCGAGUAGUUAAGAGGCUUAUACAGUUGACCCCUUCCACAUAUAAGGUUAAUGUGGAGCACCUUGAUCGCUUCUCUGAUGAGUUUGGAACUGGAGUUGCUGCAAACGAGGAUGAGAAUCAAUCACCCCAUGGGAUUCAUGAUAUUAAAACUUCAAAAACUCAGAAGUCUUCAAAGCCUUCCGACUUUCAAGGACUGUUUGGAGGGAAUAACAAUGAUCAUUUCAUGAUUGGCGUAAAGUUUACUAGGAGGUGCAUAAAGCUCUACAGUGAUUUCUAUUCCUCUGACAUGAUUAUUGCUUCUCCUCUUGGUUUGAUCACUAAAAUUGGUGAGGCUGAAGUAGACAAGGAAAAGGAUGUUGAUUAUCUUUCUUCUAUAGAGGUUUUAAUUAUUGAUCAUGCAGAUGUAAUCGCAAUGCAGAAUUGGUCCCAUGUGAAUUCAGUAGUUGAACAAUUGAAUUGCAUACCGUCUAAGCAGCAUGGGACUGAUAUUAUGCGCAUUAGACAGUGGUAUUUUGAUGGGUUUGCGCAGUUCUAUCGGCAAACAAUUAUUUUAGGUUCUUAUAUAAAUCCAGACAUCAAUGCUUUGUUCAAUCACCAUUGUGUAAACUACCAUGGGAAGGUGAAGUCGGUGUGCGAUUAUAAAGGUGUUCUUCCGAAAGUACUGCUUCAAGUACGACAGAUUUAUGAGCGUUUUGAUCCAGAAUCAAUAGUAGAUGCUGAUGAUGCUCGUCUUGAAUAUUUUGCCAAGAAGGUGUUUCCCAAGAUAAAAGAUUCUGUUCAGGGUGGGAUCAUGCUAUUUAUUAGUUCUUACUUCGAGUUUGUUCGGGUUCGAAAUUUCUUGAAGUCACAGGAUGUGUCCUUCUGUCUUCUUGGCGAGUACACAAAACAGAGUGAUAUUUCUCGUGCACGGGUUUGGUUUUUUCAAGGGAGGCGGAAGAUCAUGCUUUACACUGAGAGAGCACAUUUCUACCACAGAUAUAAGAUUCGAGGUAUUCAGAAUUUAAUCAUCUAUUCUCUCCCGGAGCGGAAAGAAUUUUACCCGGAGAUUGUUAAUAUGCUUGAAGGAUCCCAUAGCAUGACAUGCACCGUACUCUUUUCGCGCUUUGAUCAGCUCCGGCUGGAGAGGAUUGUUGGAACUGCCCCAGCAAAAAGGAUGGUGACAUCAGAGAAGGGUGUCUUUGUUUUCUGUUAGAAGGUUUCUCCAGGCCCUAGAAGUUGACAAAUGGCAGCAGCAAAACCGUGCUGCUGUAAAAUAACAAUGACGGGAUCCAAUGUUUCUUGGCAUGAGCAGAACCUUGUAUCAUUAAGGUGUGCCCUCGUACGUGAAAGAAUUCGUUGCAGCUUGUAAUUGGAAUAUAAGAUAAUUUUUUUGGGAACUAAGAUAGAUCAGUGCCUUUUGAUGUUAGAUGGCUUUGGUCCAUGUCUAAUGUACUGUACAUGUACAUUUUUCUUAUUUUGACAUGUGAUCUCUAUUAAUUUUUAUUGUUAACCAUUUUCACGA